CUGUAAUAUGAUAAAAUAAUUUAUUUGUAAAAAAAAAAGACCCAGAAACCAUGCAGUUUAAUGAGCUACGAGAACACAUCCACCUGCGGCCACAGUACGAACAUGUUUCCACCUCAGUCAUGUGACUUCAUCAGCUCCGUCCACGUACAGUACAUCUGUCAUAAAAACAUUCUAACUCUGAUCAUGUCUCAGUCAGACAGAAAAAAAAAACUCGUGCAGCUCUGUUGGUCAUCUAAUCCCUUUAACCCUGAUUGGCCUGAGGUUUGUAUUUCACCCCAACGACAGGCACUGGCGGCCAUAUUGAUAGGCUAGAAAUUCAAGACAGGACCUCCCAGGCGGCCUCAACCGUGAACAGCGAGGUGGUGGGAGAGGAGGCAGCCUGAUGAUGAACUACGAACCAUCUUAAAUCCCAGAGCCUGCUUCAUGACAGGUUCCCUCUGCACGACCCCGGAGGAAAAAAAAAAAUCCAGGGGGAGGGGAGGACCUGAGCUUUCCAGGGAUUCUGUCAGGUUUUAUGACUCUGGGCAUUAAAAACCGCCCCAAAACCUGAGGCUACCAUUUAUGGAUAAAUGUUACAGACAUUUGUCUUUUGAUAUAAUCACAUAGACCAGGUAAUAUGACUCAGUAAUAACAAAUAUCAGGCGUGGUAAUACGCUCUUAAACUGCAGAGUUUCAGCUGAAGGAGCUCCUUUCUUUGGUUGUUUUGGUUGUAAAGUAAUAGAGGGAGUGUUGAGAUGUUUGGGCGUGUGUUGAGAUAGUGGUAGUUAAUAUGUUGUUCAAAGGAUGUUGGAGAUGGAGCUGCCAGGCGUACGGAGAAGAGAAGAACCCGGGGGGAGAUUUAUGGAUGAAUGUAAGGAGGACAUGGAGGUGGCUGGAGUUACAGCAGAGGAGGAAGAUGAUAGGGUGAAAAGGAGGAAGAUAAAGGAGGAAAAGAAGAGGGAGAAGAAGAAGUAGAAAGAGGAGAAAGACAAGGAGGAAUCAGUAAAAAUAGAGGAAGAGGAAGAGGAAGAAGACUGACCUCCACUGAUUUGGGUUAUAAAAGUCAUAGCCACAAAAACCCAAACCAUACCAACAGAGAAGUUAGACCAUGACUACCUGGCUGUGGCAAAAACCUGUGGUUCUGAUCUAACGUCUAAAUAACUGAACCAAACCAGUCCAGAGCAGAAAUAUUAAAUGAAUAAAUGAAUGAAUUCUCUCCGUCUGUGUGUGUCUGUAGGAACUACCACGUGUUCUACUACCUGUUGGCUGGAGCGAGUGAAGAAGAAAGGAAGUCCUUCCAUCUUCUCCAACCUGAGGAAUAUCACUACCUCAACCAGAUGACAAAGAAAACGCACAAACUCCACUGGGACAAUUACUAUGAGAGCGAGCUGGACUGCUUCACUGUGGAGGGAGAAGACCUGAAACAUGACUUUGAGCGGCUGCAGCUGGCCAUGGAGAUGGUGGGCUUCCUCCCAGCCACGCGGAAACAGAUAUUUUCCCUGCUGUCUGCAAUCCUCCACCUGGGCAACAUCCGCUACAAGAAGAAAACCUACAGGGACGAUUCCAUCGACAUCUGCAACCCGGAGGUUCUGCCCAUCAUCUCAGAGCUGCUAGAGGUCAAAGAAGAGAUGCUGCUGGAGGCGCUGACGACCAGGAAAACUGUGACUGUCGGAGAAAGGCUGAUCGUUCCCUACAAACUGUCUGAGGCCGGCACCGUGAGGGACUCCAUGGCCAAGUCACUGUACAGUGCACUGUUUGACUGGAUCGUGUUCAGGACCAACCACGCCCUGCUCAACAACAAGGACCUGGAGGACACUUCAAAGAUCUUGUCCAUUGGAGUCCUGGACAUUUUUGGGUUUGAAGAUUAUGAGAGCAACAGCUUUGAACAGUUCUGCAUCAACUUUGCCAACGAACGACUUCAGCACUACUUCAACAAACACAUCUUUAAACUAGAACAGGAGGAAUACAGGGCAGAGGGCAUCACCUGGCACAACAUCGACUACAUCGACAACAGUGGCUGUAUCAACCUCAUCAGCAAGAAGCCCACGGCUCUGUUCCACCUGAAGGAUUCUUAG